AUGUCAUCAAAGUGCACUUACCUUUUCGGUCAAGGGCCCAUAAAGAACUCCAGAGUUAAGCGUGCUCAGGCUGGAGUAGUGGAAGGAUGGGUGACCUUUCGGGAAGUCCUCUGCGAAACCGUUUGCUCAUGUUUGGGUCCAUGCAGUGAGAUGGAUGGACCUCCUAGAGGUCAUGGCGCGAGAGGGCGCGGUGCUAGAGGUCGUGGCGGCAGAGCUGGAGGCCGAGCAGGCCGAGGUCGUGGUCGUGGACUUCCGGAGGAGUCGGCAGAGAGCGUGGCACCGAGUGUGCAUACUGCGUCGGUGACCCAGUCAGUUUCUUUGGCGGAUGAUGCCAGUGUUGGUUUGGGAGCGGGGGCUGCUCCAGGUUGGGGUGGUUCUCCGACUCAACAGUAA